AUGGCGAUGACGCGCCUCUUCCGCGUCGCGUUCCCGCCGCUCCGCGCGCCGCCGCGCGUUCGCCUCAGCCUCCUCCGCCUCGAACUCCGCCUGAAGCGCCACGGCGAGCGCGUAGUCGCCGUCGCCGUCGGUUUGGGGCGCCGCGCCCGCGCCCGCGCGGUGGUGCUGUCCCACGGGCACGCCGACCGCGACGCCGCGCGCGUCCGGCGGCGGCGGCAAUGCGCAGAAGGGCGCGAAGCCGGGGAAGAGCAAGAGCGGGAAGUAUAA